UUGUAUUCGUAUCCUUUUACUUUCGGGUGCAGAGUUUGUUGAGCGAAAGAGCCAUUUUCUGAUUCUACCAAAUCUAGGGUUAGGGAUUCAAUUUACCAACUUCCUCUCUCUCUCUCUCUCUUCCUAUUCUUUUCCUUCCUCCGACAAAUUUUCCCUCUCUCUCUUUCUCUCUCUUGCAGAUUACGAUAAUCACUUUUCCUCGAUCUACCCUUUUCCGAAAGAAACAUGGUUUUAUUUUCCCGGGAAAAUUCUCCUCCCAGUUUUCUCGGCCAACCUUCUGUCCUAUAUAUCAUUCCUUCUUCGAUUUGUUGUAGAAUUCCAAUUUCCUAGGUUUUCUCGAUCGAUCUAUUGAUCCGCCAAUUUCAAUUUGGGGUAAUUAGAUUUUAAUUUUUGUUUUCCCGUUUGUUCUGUAAAUAUUUUCUUGUGAUUGUUUUGGUGGUUGUAAAUUGUGAUAGCUUCGUGGAUAGUAUACGCGAGGGGUUGUAGGUUGUAAAAAAAAGUGUGGUUCAUACGAUAGGUAAUUUGUUGAUUAGGGUUUUUGUAAAUAUCUGGAUAUUAUUACUGUAAUUGUUUUGCGAUUUGAAAGUUAGUUAUGCAUAUAGAGGAAUUGAAGGGAGGUGAGGUGGUAGAAGGUGGGGAGGAAGGAGGAUCGAGGUUUGUGGGUUAUGAUGCGAAAAGGGUGCUGGUUGGAGCAGGCGCUCGUGCGCUUUUCUAUCCAACCCUGUUUUACAAUGUCGUUAGGAAUAAGAUUCAGGCCGAGUUUCGAUGGUGGGAUAAGGUUGAUGAGUUCAUAUUGUUAGGUGCUGUUCCAUUUCCUAUUGAUGUUCCCCGCUUAAAGGAGCUUGGUGUCCGUGGGGUCAUCACAUUGAAUGAAUCAUAUGAGACUUUGGUUCCAACGACAUUAUAUUAUGCUCAUGGAAUUGAUCAUCUGGUGAUUCCUACUAGAGAUUACUGUUUUGCUCCUUCAUUGAAUGACAUUUUCCGUGCUGUGGAUUUCAUACAUGAAAAUGCAUUGUCUGGACGAACUACAUAUGUCCAUUGCAAAGCUGGACGUGGUCGUAGCACGACUAUUGUUAUUUGUUAUCUGGUGCACCACAAAAUGAUGACACCUGAUGCUGCAUAUUCUUAUGUGAAAUCAAUUCGACCAAGGGUGCUUCUAGCUUCCUCUCAGUGGCAAGCUGUCCAAGAAUACUACUACCAUCUUAUGGUGAGGAGGACCGUUGGAUGUGCUCCUACAGCCAAUCUAUUUGUAAAAACUUCUCAGGUGGCAGCAGGUUCACGAGAUCUUGUGAUGUUUGAUGACAAUUCUGUAGUCAUGGUAACAGAGUCAGAUCUAGAAGGUUACAACCCAAGUAGUCAAUCAGGAGCCAUGGCAAGUGAAAUAUGGGCAGAUUUAAGUGUUGUAUACCGUGUACGAGUUGCUGGACAGGCAGCACUGGCGAGAAUAUCAUGCCUUUGGCUGCGAUAUGGUACUACCGACCAGAAGAUUUCUACGGAGAAACUGAGCAGCAGGGAAAGCAGUUGCUCAAUCAGGGCUAAUCACUUGGGAGAAAUUAGUGUUGAUAUCCACGUGUACUGAAAAAGCACGUUAAGUUGCCUACAAGUCGUGUUUUUCAUUUUCUGCCCAAUAAUCGUACAUAUUUGGCGUGCCUGAAUCUAUAACUCGUUUUCCUCUGUAUAUUCUGCUGUUUUCUCAUUUGAGUUCAAAUGAUGAGUGUUGUUCGGGUCAGUCCAUCAAUGUGUCUCAUUUAUGUUAAUAUUGAUCUAAUGAUUAUGACAGGGCAAUAGUUUCAAAUGUGGAGAAAGUCUCAUCGUUGCAAACUUAUCUUGCGAUGGAUGCAGUCCUACACACUGCUGAUUCGAGAAGAAAAGAGUGGGGGUUGGAAUGUUCUGAGCCAAUGAAAUUUUUACAUGUGUGGGAAUCUCUAACUUAGUUUAAUGACUACCAUUGCCCAAUCCUAAGAUAAGAUAGUAUAUGUAUAAUUAGCCCCCUCUAAAAGAAAUCCUGCCCCGUACGUUUUAAUUAAAAAUUGACAUUGUAUAACUUUCCUCAGUUUAAGCAUGGAAUUUUGCACAUGGUGACAUGCAACCAUCAAUGUAUAGGUUAAUAAAAAAAAUUCUUCCCCCCAGGC